CGCCGAGUGGAAGUAACAGAUGCUAGUCGGGAGGCCGAGGAGGACAGCGGGCUGGGAUUGAAUGGCUGGGAGGAGAUCCGAUCAGAUAGACUAGAUCGAUAAAACAGAGAGACGGAUCGAUCUAGCAGAGAUCCAGGGCGGAGGAGCAGGAUGCUGGCUGUGGUGGGCUGUCUCAUUGACGGGCUCCGGCAAGGGACACGGCAUGAAUGAUGGGCUAGCCAGCCGGGCAGUUCCGCGGGAAAGAGGUGCGCAGGGCUGCUGGCUGGGGAGCCUGGCGCAGGCUGGCCCCGCGGGCUCGGUUGGGGCUCCCUCUUUGGUGCCGAUGGGCUCCCCGCGCCCCGAAGUGGAAGGACUUGUUUACGCAGGGCGCGAAGAGCGGCGGAUCCCGUUUUUCUGACAUCUCGACUCGGGAGGAGAAGGAGCGGCAGGUGGAUCGAGCAGGGCAGAAAUAAUUCCGUCGGAGAUUGAAAGGAGAUACGGAGGGGCAAGGAAAAGAAGGCAGUUAAUUUACCUGAACUCGGCUUAGUUUUCCCAAGACCUUCCCAAAGGAAGUUGAGCAGCUGAAAAAGAAAGCUGGUAAGGGUGGAGAAAGUUUCCGGGACAAACUCCCCUUUCUCUCCCCCUCCCCUUUCAUUGGCAGGUCACCUGAAAAUCAGCACGGUUUGCUUGUGGCAGGAGGAGACGUGGCCCUUGCAGGGGAUCCCUGUACACAGCAACAAGAGUGGGGCAGCUGUGGGGAGAGGCUGAUACCUCUGGGGCAAAUGUUGAGAAAGAAGUUCCUUUGCUGAGAGCAGGAGAGUGUAAGCUCCCUACAGGGGGGAGGGGGAAGCUGGACUGGAACAAAUUGGAAUUUAAAAUACACAAUCAACCGCUGGCUGGGUCAAGGAGCUGAGAAAAUGCCACAGGAUGCGAUUUAAUCUAAAAGAGAGGAUAAACAGGACAGCCUCUUUGGGGAUUAAAAAAAUCACAAGCACACCAGGAAGUUGCGGGAGGAAAAAUUAAUCCCAGCUCAGUGUGGAUAAGUGGGCACCCACAAUCGCUUUGCUGUGCCCUUUGCCAGGAUCGAACAACACCAAGGUAACCAAAGCCGCCUCCCAGCUGAAAAAAAUUGAUGUUCCUGUAAGAAACCUUGCUAUUAAAACUCUGAGCAGAACUUAAAAAGCAGGAGGGGCAGGCAAGCCAGGGUGAUCUUGUGCCUAUUGCAUGAUGGAGAAGAAAUGGGAAAGGUUACAGGCAUCUUCUCGGACCUUGUAAGAAAUGAAUUCUGUGGACAGAUGGAUACACUUCUCCACUUAGGAGAUCUGGCUUCUGCUGAUCUCUGGAGGGUUUAAUUUGGAAUUUGAAGCCUUCUUGAGUGAAUUCAGUUUCUAGAUCUCUGUACUGGACCGUGCUGGCAUCCUUUUUUAGCUAAGGAGGUAGGGUUCUGUAUGACCCUAUGCCGGCCAGGAAAAAAUACAUUUUCAUGACUUUCUUUGCCACGUGGCUUCUGCUUUUUUUCUUUGGAGGAGACCAGCUGAGACGCCUCGCGUUCAUCAAGAAAUCUGGAGCCCCCAGGAGCUGGCCCCGCUGGGCUGAUGGGUUUCUCUUGAAGACCUUUGCAGAUCCUGAAGAGCUCCUGAGGGACAAUGGAGACCACUAUGACCAAUCCCCCAAAGCUCGCCGAGAGUUGAGGCGAAACAUCUACAAGUACAGCGGGUGCCGCAUGGAGACCUGCUUCGACUUUUCCAAGUGCAGGGAACGUGGGUUCAAAGUUUUUGUCUACCCUACGGAAAGUGGGGACCCUGUGUCGGAAAGUUACCUCAAAAUCAUCACCUCUCUCGAAGAGUCACAAUAUUACACGACCAAUCCUGAAGAAGCCUGCCUCUUUGUCCUGAAUACUGACACGCUCGAUCGGGAUCAUCUCUCCAUCCAGUAUGUGCACAACAUCAAUGAAAAAAUCCAAGGCUUCCAUCUCUGGAAUGAUGGGCGGAACCACCUGAUCUUUAACCUUUAUUCCGGGACCUGGCCUAACUAUACCGAAGAUCUGGGCUUUGACAUUGGCCAGGCUAUCCUUGCGAAGGCAAGCUUUUAUAUCGAGAACUUCCGCCCAGGCUUUGACAUCUCCAUCCCUUUAUUUUCCAAGGACCAUCCCCAGAAAGGAGGGGAGAGAGGCUGGCUGCAUAAGACCUCUCUCCCACCAAAGAAAAAGUAUCUUUUGGUUUUCAAAGGGAAAAGGUACCUGACUGGCAUUGGCUCCGAUACCAGGAAUGCGUUGCACCAUAUCCACAAUGGCAAGGACAUCAUUUCGUUAACCACGUGCAAGCAUGGCAAAGACUGGGAGAAGCACAAGGACCAACGGUGCGACAAGGAUAAUACAGACUAUGAGAAGUUUGACUACCAGGAACUCCUGCACAACUCCACGUUCUGCAUCAUUCCCCGAGGGAGACGUUUGGGAUCCUUCCGGUUCCUGGAAGCACUGCAGGCAGCCUGCAUCCCCGUGCUGCUCAGCAAUGGCUGGGAGCUGCCAUUCUCGGAGGUGAUCGACUGGAGUAAAUCAGCCAUUGUCGGGGACGAGAGGCUCCUUCUGCAGAUCCCAUCCACUGUCCGAUGCCUCCCCAGCGACAAGAUCUUAGCCUUCCAGCAACAAACCCAGUUCCUGUGGGAAGCAUAUUUCUCAUCUGUGGAGAAGAUUGUUCAAACCACACUUGAGAUCAUUAAAGAUCGGAUAUUUCAUCAGGCAUCCCGUCCAAGGUUCUUCUGGAACACACUGCCGGGUGGGCUGCUGGCAUUGCCUGAAUACUCCACCCACCUCAGCGAUUUUCCGUUCUACUACCUGCAGCAGGGAUCCAGCCCUUCCAGCAAGUUUACAGCUCUUAUCCGGGCGGUUUCACCGGUCAUUUCUCUCUCUCAGCCUAUCCUCAAGCUCAUUCAAGCGGUGUCCAGAUCUUCAUACUGUGCCCAGAUUGUAGUUCUAUGGAGCUGUGAGAAACCACCACCCCUGAGCACCAAAUGGCCACAAACUGCUGUUCCUUUGACCAUCAUCCAAGUCAGCAGCAAAGUCAGCGACCGUUUUUUGCCUUACUCAGCUAUUGGGACUGAGGCAGUGCUGAGUCUGGACGAACACACCAGCCUUUCAACUGGUGAGGUUGACUUUGCCUUUAUGGUGUGGAGAAGCUUCCCAGACCGGAUCGUUGGCUUUCCCAUGCGUAGCCACUUUUGGGAUAACAGCAGGAACCAAUGGAGUUACACCUCCAAAUGGACAAAUGAGUUCUCCAUGGUCCUCACUGCAGCUGCGUUCUAUCACAGGUAUUAUCACAGUCUCUUCACUAAUUACUUGCCUGCUAGAAUAAGGAGUUUCAUUGAUCAGAUCUCCAACUGUGAGGACAUAUUGAUGAACUUCCUGGUUUCAGCUGUCACAAAACUACCUCCCAUCAAAGUGACCCAAAAGAAACAACACAGAGAUGCUCCCUUGCCUCAGCUGUUGAAGAGUGUUCCUCCUUCCAAUGGGAACCUUCGAUUCUCCCAGCGCCAGGAAUGCAUGAACCAGUUUGCGGCCUGGUUUGGUUACAUGCCUCUGGUGCAUUCUCAGUUCCGCUUGGACCCUGUACUCUUCAAAGACCAGGUGUCUGUGCUGCGCAAAAAAUACCGGCAUUUGGAGAGAGACUAGCCCAGGGAAAGCUGAACCUCUUCUGGAGAUGAAACACUGGCAAAGGAGCAACGACAGAAGUAGCUCAUCCCCUACUGGAGACAGACAGCCUUCAUGACUGUACAGAUUUGCUACUUGUCCAAAUGAAGUCACUUGGAUUUUGGCCUAUUGCAGGCUUUGGAGGAAUGGAAGUGGUCAUUUUGCAAGACUGCAGGCCACAUUCCUUUGCGAGGAAUGGCGCUGGAGCCUUCUGCUGUUGGAUUCUGAGAAGUGCAAACUCAUUCCACUGGUAACCUAUGGAGAUGCCAGUUGAAUUUUCAGUCUUUAUUGGGUUUUACCAGUACAAGUAAAGGUUUGCAGGAAAUGA